AUGUACUCGGAGGAGAAGGCUGCCUUGGAAGAUGGGAAACCUGGCAAGGGAGGUCUUAUGACUUCAUUUCUUCGCACGGAUCAACAGCUAGGCAAAAUUUUCGAGGGUGACAGACUUGGUGGUUUGACAGUGGAAGAAAUUUCUGGGAAUAUAUUCUUCAUCAACUUUUCGGGAUACGAUAUUAUGGCAAAGACUUUUGCUUACACCAUGCUACUUUUGGACUGCGCAUCCCGAGGUGCAAGAAUGGGUGGCGGAAGUACUACGGCAGCUUGUACCUGCAGAAGGACAAUGGGAAUACGAUACCUUGUUUCCAAAGCUCAAGCGGUGCAGGGCUGCUUCUUCCCCACACUGAUUGACAAAAAGACAAUCAUAAUUCCGACUCACACAGGGGUCAUAACGGUAUUACUCGCGAAGUCACACACAUCCACUAUACUGGGAAGGAAGAAACCUUCUUCAAACCUACCAAAGGAACUCUUAUCCCUUAGUCUGACGGCCAAGAACUGGCCAGGUGCCAAGUUCUCACAGGUUGAAUUCGUUGCUGUUAUUGCUCGGUCGUUGCGAGAUCAUCGGUACACUGCUGUUCAGUGGCCGGACGAAAACUUGGAGGACACCCGCAAGUGA